CAAGCAGCCGCCACACGGUUGUUUCCAGCGUCAGUGGUGCAGCAGCACAUCCCGGUCUGACCGCAGCUCUGUCUGUGCGUGUGUCUGUGCGCAGGACACGGCAGACAGCCGGCCAGUGAGCCCGCACGCAGGCAGAGCAGGAGGCCAUGAGCACCGCGUUUUCCUGACCGCCUCCAUUCACAACCAGAGCCUCUGCAGCUGAAAUCUGGGAGGUGUGCGCGUUUCUAGCGGAGGAGGAGCGGGGAUGCUGAGCACUGCAGCAGUCGACAUGCCGGGCCUGCUCCACAUCACGCUACUUGCUCUUCUGACCAGCUGUGAUGCCUUCAGACUGGCUCCGUCCCAGCAUGUCAUCCCCGUCAGCCUGUUCCAGGAUGCAGGUCCAGCCCAGACGCAUGCUGUCCAGGCUUUAGUCAGAACCAAACGCCACUCGGUCCAUGAGUUAGUGCGAGCCCAGCCUCAUUUGGUUCAUGACAUGGGCUGGCCAGAGAUUCGGGAGACAUCCCGCUCCCAGAACCAGAUGGAUUCGGCCAACUCCUCCCAGUUAAACCCAGCAUCCUCAGCCAAUCAGGACGCAGUCAGGACCCGCACGGUGGAGGAUGAAAACCUCAGCGUGGAAGAUGAGAUGGAGCAUAUGGUUCAUCUGGUGGUUCCCCAGGAUGCAGAAAGCUACAGGGGACAUCCAGGCACCACUGACCCAGAGACAGAGCUCCGCAGUGGGCCAGGAGCUGGCGAUGCCUCCCAGGAGGCCUCGGGCUUCUAUGGAACGGACAUGGAGGACAGAGACGGAGGAGAGGAGCGAGACAGGAGAGGAGGAGAGGAGGAGUGGGAGAGAGACACAGGGGAGGACAGAGAAAAGACAGGGGGAGAUGUCAGAGGAGGGGAUGAAGAGAGAGGAGGAGGAAGAGGCGCUCAACAUGGGGAUGAAGAGAGAGGAGGAGGAAGAGGCGCUCAGCAUGUUCAUGUCCCGGGUGACUUAGAGGUCAACCACACGGCACCAGAUCUGGACGCUCUGAUUGGCUACAGUCCGUCCUUCCUCCCAUCCAGCUCCAAGCUGCCCAGCAACUCCACCCAAGCUGAGGUGCAUGAUUCUGGGCUACAGGAGCAUCGUGCAUCCCCGGUGCUGGAGGUGGCUCCUUUAGAGAGAGAGGUGUGGGAGGCAGAGGGCGAGGAAGACGUUCAGUCCAGCGGCUAUGGAGUCCUUCACUCUUCUGUCACUGCAGCUAGUGCUAUAUCUGCUGCUGCUGGGGGAGGCGCCGUGGGGACUGCCACCCCUGAGACUGACACGGGCACAGACUUUGGGCUGCUGCGAAGUUAUGCAAAAGAUGAGACAGAGGAUGAGGAGACGGCGAGAGAGGCGGAAGAGGAAGAAGCAGGCGUGGCACACAUUGGAUUGUUUACCCAGAAUCCCACUGUACCAGAGGUUGGCAUGGUUCCCAGCAGAGAGCCCCUGCAGCCCAGCACAGGAGAACACGAGUUAACAGGAGUUAAUCUGAAAGACAUAAGUGAAGAGCGGGAGGAGGAGCGAUGGAGAAAAGCUGAUAGAGAGGAAACAAGACCCAUCAUCCCACUCACCACAAACCCCUCCCCCACCAUUGGCUUCACCGACCCAUCCUGGGAUUGGCUGGAGAAGACUACGUCUCUGCAGACGGUGAGGUCAGAGCUCAGGGGAGGUGGGGUCACAGAGGCCCUCAUGCCGGACAGUGACUUUGAGGAGAUGGAGGAGGCACAGCAGGUGGUGUGUGUAGACUGGAGUGAGCUGGCUGGGAGCGGCUACGUCGUCCUCAACAUGACGCAAAACUUGAACUGUGAGGAGUUUCGUGUAGACCGGGGAGUACGGUUGUUGAAGAUCAUGGAGCGAGUGUUUGCCCGACGAAUGAAUAGCCCCGAGGGAUCAUGGGUACUCUACCUCAGCAAGCCGACACACCAGCAACACCAGCUGCUGAUGAACGUGGCAUCUGAGCAUGGGGUGAUAGCUACCAAGGAUGUGCUGGGCAUGCUGGGAGAAAUCAGGAAACAUUUACUUAAGGUGGGCAUCCAGAACUACACUGCAGCCAGCAGCUGUCAGUCUCGGCCCAGUCAAACACGCAGCGACUACGGCAAGCUGUUUGUGGUGCUGGUGAUCAUCGGCUCCAUCUGCAUGGUCAUCAUCACAUCUGGAUUCAUAUACAUCUGCUGGCAAAGACGACUGUCCGCAGCUAAAACUACGUUUCCUGGUGAGGAGCUUCACUUUGUGGAGAACGGUUGCCAUGACAACCCCACACUGGACGUGACCAAUGACAGCGAGCCUGAGAUGAAAGAGAAGAAGCCGAGUGCCAAUGGGCUUGCAGGGGGAGGAGAAGGAGGCGGGGACAACAGCAGUCGCUGGCAGGUGUUUGUCAAUCAAGCAGCGACUGAGGAGGAGGAGGAGCAGGAUACACAUCUCUGAUGGACUAAAACAAAGAGGUGGCAGGUUAUGAAGGAUGGGCAUCUUUGAUAGACAGAUGAUAAGAGGAGCCUAGAGGGAAGCAGGAGAAGAAGAAGGUGAUGAUGAGAAACCAAUGGUGGGGAGAAGUGUCCAGUCAGCAUGGAGCUGGGGUUUAGAAUAACAGGAGGAGUCCUUGAUAUCAUCAUGGAGACACUGGGGUAUACAUCACAUUCUGUACAUUUUAAAUUUUAAUUCCUGGAAAGACAACAAAUGUGCCAAAUUCUAAGCUGUCAGCCUUUUGAAAUGGUUAUCAAAGUUUGAUUUGUGAAAACAAAAUUUCAUAGAACACCAUAUCCCCACUCGACGUUGGACAAUAUCUCUGUUACUUACUGGAAUAACGCCUCUGUUUAGUGUGCCUGGUGAUUUCAGCCUUGAGCUCUGUGGCUGCACGAGAUAGUUUGAACAUAGAACUAGCAACAAGUCACCACAUACAGCGCCAUUUUUCAUCUUUAAUGUUUGAAUGAUAAGGACUAACAUUUGGUUGCUAUUCGUUUGACAUCCUCUCACAUAAUGGCACUGACUGGUAGCAGAAACCACAGUUAUGGCAAACAGUGCCUGUUCUGAAAGUAGGUUUAAUACCCAAAGAAGACAUUACAGUAUUACUAUGAUUAUCAGUGGUGGACUGUGACUAAGUACAUUUGUUCAUAUACUGUGCUCAAGUACAAUUUUGGGGUACUUGAAUUUGCUUGAGUAUUUUCAUCUCUGCUCGUUUAUUCUUCUACUUCACUACAUUUUAUAAGUACAUAUUAUAUACAUUACAUUUAAAUAGUACAUCAGUAUAUAGUAUAAUGUUUAGUUACCAGUUACAAUAUAAAUUAAUAUUUUAAAUACAGAAUAUAUGAUGAGUUAUGACAGAUGAAACUACCAAGCAGUAUAUAAAGUACUUAAAAUGAACACUACUUCCAACAUCUACAAUGAUAAGAUGCUAUUUACAAAUGAAUGAAAUGCAUCAUUAACAAUAAUUCACAACUAUAAUAUGCAAUAACACUCUCUGUGAUACUUUGAAGUAAUUUCAUUUCUACCAAUACUUCCUAACUUAACAUUCUGAAUGUAAAACUUUUACUUGUAAUGGAGUAUUUUUACAAAGUGGUGUUGCUAUUUUUACUGAAUACUUCCUCCACCACCACUCAAGGUUAAGACAGGUAUUACUGUCAGUAGCGGGAAAUGGAUAAUCAAUAAAAUCCUAGUGAUUUUAGCCUGGGACGUGGUUGUUGGUUUUACCCCAGCGUCGGACUUCGAUGACAGCAGCGACUCCUCCAAAUCACUGAACAGGAAGUGUAGCCUGUAGCAACUUUAAAAGGAAGGUUUUGGCACUUUAUCGAUUCCUCUUGGAAACAGUGGCUAUCAUCAUUGAAAUGCUGCAUCAUGUUAAAUGUAUUACAUACAGUGACUGAAAUAUUUCUAUUUUGCUUAUAGGAAUGGUUGUAACUGCUGAGGAUGUUUUCUGUACACUCUACAACCGUGGUCGCUAUACUUAUGUGCUGUUAGCCUAAUACGCUUUUUUCAAUAGUGUUGGAAUGGCUGCUGUAUGCACCUGGCUAAUCUUGAGGCGAUGACACAUGGGCAACAUUUAGAGGCCAAAAGCAUGGCAAUAUAGCUACAUUUAUACUGUGGCUAGUUAGUGUUGAAUUCAAGUUGCCAAACCCCUAGGUCUGGCUGGACUGUUAAAUGUUCAAGUCUGUAUGUCCAAAUCACUACAGUCAUGUCCAUGUCCCUGUGUGUGAAUCAUCAUGGUCAUGUCUAAGACACCACAGUCAUGUUUUCUUCAAGUCCUUUUGUUCACACUGGGCUCAUAGUCAUGUUCAAGUUAUUUCAGACCCACUAAGGACAUGUACAAGCCACUAGGCUCUUCUCUGAGUCACUGGGAUCCUGUUGGAGUUGGAGUUCCAGUCAUAAUUCUUCCAUGUCACCUCAAUCAAAUCUGAAUCACGUCACUAUAAUCAUGUUCAAGUAGCUACAGUCAUGGUCGAGUCAUUGCAGUGAAAGAUGUACCAGACACUGGGAUCGUGUCUGAGUCACUAAGGUGGUGUUCGGAUCACUGUAGUCAUGUCCAUGUCAUUUCAGUUCAGAUUAAGUCACAAGUUAUCAAAAGUGAGAAAUGUAUUAGCCCUGACGAGUCUAAGUUAAGAAAAGUUUUUAAAAAAAUUUUGACUACUGUCCAAACGACCACAGUACACACAGUAAUAUCACACAUCAGAUGGACAGAACUAAUUUGAGAUAUUAUUUCUAACUGACUGACUGGAAUCGAGGUAGACAACUAAUAUUGCUUUUUGUGUUUAAUUUUAUUUAGGCAAUGAUUUUGUUGCUGUAGCUGUCGGUCUCCAUUUCUGUUACAGAUUGCCCAUCUGCAUUUCAUCGAGAUAUUGUGUGUGUUUCAGCUCUUUUACUGACUUUUCUCAAUGUAACAGCACUGUAUGUGGCUUCACUAUAGACUACGCUGAUUGUUAUGCACUUUGUCAGUUAAAUAGGAUUUAUGGAGCGUACAGGACACGUGAGGACUUAAAAUCGUCCUGAAUAUUUUAAGUUAACAGACUGCAGUGGAUAUUUUCUGUUUCUGAAAGCACAACAUACAGACGGGACACAGUCCCCGUGUAUUUCUACUGGAAGAGAGAACACAUGAGCAUGUAGCUUUCAGCACUGCAGUGAUCACCAGUAUAACAAAACACAGCUUCUGUUGCUUUUGUUGGCAAAAAGCCUGACUGACAGUUUGAUAGAGUCAGAUUCUGUGGCUAGAAAUUGCUUGACAGAUUCUGAUCAUUUAAAUUUGUUUUCUUGGCUGUUUUUUCUUUUAAGAAUCUGUUUGAAGCCUCAUGUAUGUUUGCAUUUGUUAGCGGUGCUAGUGCAAGUCAAUGGGCAUUCAGCUGUAGCAACAAAGCAAAUGACCCUUUGU